GAGCGCAGUUUCAGGUCACAGAUGGACAACCUGACAUUUAGAUACAGCGUACUCUUAGUGGAAGGACUGAACGUUACACCUCAGUCAAGCCACCCUGCAUUUAUCUUUCUUCUGAUUGCUUAUGUGGUAAUAAUGAUAUUAAACAUUGGGAUUGUGAUUCAGGUCUUGGCAGAAAAAAGUUUACAUGAGCCGAUGCACAUUCUAUUCUGUCAUUUACCACUGAAUGAUGUGAUUGGGGCAACUGUUGUUAUACCACGCAUGUUGAAGGAUAUUUUAACUGAUCCCUCCGCGCGAUACAUCACAUACAUGGAGUGUGUUUCUCAAGCUUUUUUUUCUCAUUUGUAUGGGGCUUCAUCUCACACGGUACUCAUGAUCAUGGCCUUUGACAGAUAUGUGGCCAUUUGCAAUCCAUUACGAUAUUCAUCAAUAAUGACAAACAAAAUGAUUGUGAAAUUAUCUGCAGGAGCCUGGGGUGUUUCUUUUGUGAUGGUGGGGAUUCUGAUCGCUCUGACUGCACGUCUGUCUCACUGCAGAUCAGUCAUACAAAAUUACUUCUGUGACAAUGCUUCACUGUUUAAACUGUCCUGUGAAAAUGUGGUGAUCAAUAAUGUGUAUGGAUUGGCUUUUACUGUCGUGUUGCUUACCUUUUCAAUUGGGUGUACAGUAAUGACAUAUCUCAGGAUAGCGAUCGUUUGCAUAAAAAGCAAAAACAAAUCAAGAAACAGCAAAGCCAUAAAAACCUGUCUCACUCAUUUGGCGGUAUAUUUAAUCAUGUUGAUAACUGGAUUCAUCUUUAUUGUUCUUCAUCGUUUCCCUGAUUACACUGAAACGCGAAAGUUAUCAAGUGUAAUGUUAUAUGUCAUACCACCAGGCUUGAAUCCCUUAAUAUAUGGUUUACAAGCUAAAGAAAUACGACAUAGCAUUUUAAAAAUUUUUAGGAACAAAGUAUAUACUAAAUAA